AUGGUUGAGCUUCGGCCACCUUUUGUCACAACACGACUCCGAUCUCGACCCGCCACACGUCGAGUCAUUAAGAAGAAGCCCGCCCUGCUGAUCAACAAGGAGCCAUUCGCGCGACUUGUUCAGGAGAUCACACAGGAUAUUGCCGCCGAGGUCAGCUUCCAACGCUCCGCCUUGCUCACGUUGCAAGAGAUCGUUGAGUUGAACCUGGUGCAAAUGUUCACCCUAGCGUCGCACAGAAAUGCUAAAUAGGCAGGGCGUGUGAACUCCUUGAUGCUGGUCAACUCGUUGCAAAUACCGUCUGGGGAAAGGGUGUCGGCUGACGGCACAGCCUAGUCACGUCGACGUUACGGGGUACAUGGCUCUCACUGUGUUUACCGCAAGAAUUAGGAGCUCAAUAUCAACUGGGGUCGUGCAUUCAUACCAUUCAUCCUAUAGAUCUCCAAAUGGCAUCGGGAGCCGCUACUACCAAGAGUCCAGCCUCCUAUGAUCCGAGGCCCACUCGGCCAGAUACGACAAUGCUCAUUCCCCAGGCCCUCCAUUUCUGCAGAUCGUUGUGGGUAUCUCUACAUCAUCUUCAGCGUCUGCUGAGCCUGUCGCUUUUCUUCCUUGUUCUGCUAGGGAACGCUCAGUGCAUGGUUCGGAAUUGCCAACUCCGCGCUUGUGUGUCCU